AAAGCCACUAGAGCAAUCGAAAAUCGAUAGCUUUGCGGGCCGAGCGCACUGCCAUCACUAGUUUAUGAGUCGCUUUAAAACAAAAGAAAGUUUUAAGCAGCUACUCUUCCUUUGGGUUCUUUAACUUUCCAUCACACAACUACGGCUUCACAGGGGGAGGCGUCCAGCGCUACGGAGGCGAACGAACGCACACCACUGAUGGCUGCUGUCAAUCUUCAGGCUUCGUGCUCCUCCGGGCUCGCCUCCGAGGACGAUGCCAAUGUGGGCAGCCAGAUCGGCGAGGCGGAGCGUUUGGAGCGACCUCCAAGGCGUCAACAGCCACGGAACAAUUAUGGCUCCAGCAAUCAGGAUCAACCGGAUGCAGCAAUACUUGCUGUGCCCAAUGUGGUGAUGCGGGAACCUGGUGGACCGCGCUCUUCAAGACUACCCGGAGGGGGAGGCGGUAGUGCUGAAAUGGAGGAGGAACAGGGCCUCAAAUACGGCGCUCAGCAUGUAAUCAAAUUAUUUGUGCCCGUCUCCCUUUGCAUGCUGGUGGUGGUGGCCACAAUCAACUCGAUCAGCUUCUACAACAGCACGGAUGUCUAUCUCCUCUACACGCCUUUCCAUGAACAAUCGCCCGAACCUAGUGUUAAGUUCUGGAGUGCCUUGGCGAACUCCCUGAUCCUGAUGAGCGUGGUGGUGGUGAUGACCUUUCUGCUGAUUGUUUUGUACAAGAAGCGUUGCUAUCGCAUCAUUCACGGCUGGCUGAUUCUCUCCUCCUUCAUGUUGUUGUUCAUUUUUACGUACUUAUAUUUGGAAGAGCUUCUUCGCGCCUAUAACAUUCCUAUGGACUACCCUACUGCGCUCUUAAUUAUGUGGAACUUUGGAGUGGUCGGAAUGAUGUCCAUCCAUUGGCAGGGCCCUCUGCGGUUGCAGCAAGGAUAUCUUAUUUUUGUGGCAGCCUUGAUGGCUUUAGUGUUCAUAAAAUACCUGCCUGAAUGGACUGCCUGGGCUGUAUUGGCUGCCAUUUCCAUUUGGGAUCUCAUUGCUGUCCUCUCUCCAAGAGGACCCCUCCGCAUACUGGUGGAAACAGCCCAGGAGCGAAAUGAGCAAAUCUUCCCCGCUCUGAUUUACUCAUCCACCGUCGUUUACGCGCUUGUAAACACUGUCACGCCCCAGCAAUCGCAGGCCACUGCAUCCUCAUCGCCGUCAUCCAGCAACUCCACCACAACCACGAGAGCCACGCAGAACUCGCUGGCUUCGCCGGAGGCAGCAGCGACAAGUGGCUCACGCACAGGUAACUCCCAUCCUCGACAGAAUCAGCGGGAUGACGGCAGUGUACUGGCAACUGAAGGUAUGCCACUUGUGACUUUUAAAAGCAAUUUGCGCGGAAACGCUGAAGCUGCGGGUUUCACACAAGAAUGGUCUGCUAAUUUGAGUGAACGAGUGGCUCGUCGCCAGAUUGAAGUGCAAAGUACUCAGAGCGGAAACGCCCAGCGCUCUAACGAGUAUAGGACAGUAACAGCUCCAGAUCAGAAUCAUCCGGAUGGGCAAGAAGAACGUGGCAUUAAGCUUGGGCUCGGUGACUUCAUCUUCUACUCUGUAUUAGUGGGCAAGGCCUCCAGCUACGGCGACUGGACGACCACAAUCGCUUGCUUUGUGGCCAUCCUGAUUGGACUCUGCCUCACCCUCCUGCUUCUGGCCAUUUGGCGCAAGGCGCUUCCCGCCCUGCCCAUCUCAAUUACGUUCGGAUUGAUAUUUUGCUUCGCCACCAGUGCGGUGGUAAAGCCGUUCAUGGAGGAUCUAUCGGCGAAGCAGGUGUUCAUAUAAACUUGAAAUGACAAGGACACAUCAUAUGUCUUACAGUAUCAUAGUCUAACAAAGCUUUUUGUAACCCAAUUCUUUAUUUAACAAAAUGCCUAGUAACAAACUCGA